AAGUAAGUCACCUGUUCACUUUCAGGAGAAGAUGUUCGGGUAUUCAUGUUACAGCCGGACAUUUGGAUCCCACCGAAAGACGAUGUUUAUACAAGAUUCAACAUGAGCAACCAGCAGGUGGCCACCAGUGUCACAAACUUUACGGUUUGCUCCAGAUAUUUUACCACAGCUUUAACUACGUUGCAAAUUCUUCUUUCUUACGCUACGGCUGAAGAUUUCUCUAAUGCUAUCAUGAUGUAUGUCAUUGAUGGUUCACACUUCUUUCGAUACAACAAUAAACCUCAGCCAGUCAUACAGAACCUCAAACUACCGACUUACCUACGUCAGUGGCGACACCUCUGCCACGUUUUUUCGGGGGACACGUAUACUGUAUAUGUGGAUGGCGUUGCAAUGGCCAGUGGCCCCAUCGAGGUAGAAGACAGAGUCAUCCCACUUAAUGGUACCUUCGUCAUUGGACAGGAACAGGACGGAAUUUCAAGACGAUUUCAACAUGAGCAAAUUUUUAAAGGAUAUGCAACUCAAAUAAAUUUCUGGAGCUAUGGACUCUCCAAAACAGACAUAGAAAUAGCAGCUUCUUGCAAGGAAAAUAUAAAGGGAAAUAUUUUUUCAAGUGACAGAGACAAUUUUGACCUUAUCAAUGUGAACUUUACUUUAUGGUCCCUACAAAAUGUUUGUCUCCAAAACGAAGACUUUUUAGUUAUACCAGAAGGACGUACAUUUGCCGAGUCAAUAAUUAUGUGCAAUUUAAUUGGAUCUGUUCUGUAUGCUCCACCGAGCAAACACAUAAGCGAAAAAGUAAAUAAAACGCUUUGGGAAGAGAACAUAUGUGCGACAGUUCACCUUUGGGUUGGCAUAACAGAUGAAGAGGAGGAAGGAGUCUGGAGAAGAUUGAGUGACAAGAAAAUUGUCACAGAUGUAUUUUGGGCACUUGGACAACCUGACAAUGCAACAUUUGAAAACUGUGUUUUGGUUGACGGAAGAGAUUCUUUAUGGAAUGAUUACAGUUGUAAGACAUACAAAGCUUGCGCACUCUGUCAGGAUCAAGCAACAUCUCCGCUAUUUCUUCGAGGUAUUUGCAAGGAAAGAUUGACUGAAAUUAUGUUUGAAGUGCUUGGAUAUUUCUUAAGCAAGCCAUUUUUUCAUGGAUUUUAUGGGUUAAUGAUAAUACAACCAAAAGAUAAGCAAUGGUCUUUUAAUUAA